GACACUGCUCCAGAGAGAGGAGGCGCGCGAGCUCCGUUCACUCCACGUUGAGACGGCUUUGUUACUUUCUUUACUUUAAACAUACGUACUUUUAGUUGUUGUUGUUGUUGUUGUUGUUGCUGUUGUUGUCAUGUCGACCCCCGGGGGCUCCCUGGCCUGUGAGGGGAUGUACUCCAAACUGAUUGACGACGACGGCGCGUACGAGAACUCGACCCGCGAGCCAGAUGUGCGGCUCCGGGCUCACCCAGUCUCCCCGGUCAGACCGGGCCCCUGGCCGAGGGGCCCCAUGCCCUACCGCCUCGCCGCCGCCUGCCUGGCGGCGCUGUGCGCCGUGCUGCUGAUCUCCAUCAUCGCCGUCACCGCGCACUACAGGAACGCAGCUCGGGGCGGCGGGGCGGCGGCGCAGCAGCAGACGCAGGACGCCGCCGUGUCGUCUCUCAGCGCCACCGUCACCAAACUGCAGGAGGAGAAGAAACAACUGCAGAGAGAGAAAGACGAGCUGCUGGGCCGCCUGGAGGCCCCGAGGGCCCCGAGGGCCACGGCAGCUCCUGAGGUGACCGCCCCCCCCCCCCGGUGCCCGGCUGACUGGCAUCUGUUCAACGGCAGCUGUUACUUCGUCUCCAGGACGACGAGGGACUGGCCUGAGAGCCAGUCGUUCUGCCAGAGCCAAGGGGGCCACCUGGCCAUCAUCCUCACGGCGGGGGAGCAGACGUUUCUGUGGGAUCUUCUUCCCAGAGGCCACUGGAGAGCCUUCUGGUUUGGCAUCACUGACGAACACACAGAGGACCAGUGGAGGUGGGUGGACGGCACCCCGCUGGUCGGAGGUUUCUGGGAGGCCGGCGAGCCCAACAACCACAUCGACGAGGACUGCGGCUACAUCGUGAAGACGCAGGUGUUGGAGCGAGUGGCGGUGCGGAGCUGGUACGACGCCCCCUGCUCCAUGUACUGGCCCUUCAUCUGCGAGAAGGAGAUGGCCGCCGCCGCCGGCACCGCCGUGCCGCACUGAGGUUUCAUCACGCGAUGAAUGCUAGAUGAAUGAAAUCAAAUGACACGUGUGGUAUUUAUGGACUUUUCUCUCCUCUUGAAAAGCACAAGUCUUAUUGAAAUGGGUUUGAUGGAGAUAAUUAAAACUAGCCAUAGACUCUGCAGCAAUAACUGCACUUUUUUGAUUUGCGGCUUCUUCGUGCUGUUUUUAACCUUCAGAUAUUUUAUAUUGUCUUAGUCACAUGUAUAUGAUGAAUAUCAGCCAAAGACCUGUCCAGAAAUUGUAGUACCACUUGUUACAUUGGGGGGUGACAGUGAGUCACUGUAGCGUCCGGUCUUGUAGUACCACUUGUUACCUUGGGGGGCGACAGUGAGUCACUGUAGCGUCCGGUCUUGUAGUACCACUUGUUACCUUGGGGGGCGACAGUGAGUCAAUGUAUCUUUCAGUCUUGUAGUACCACUUGUUACCUUGGGGGGCGACAGUGAGUCACUGUAGCGUCCGGUCUUGUAGUACCAUGUGUUACCUUGGGGGGCGACAGUGAGUCAAUGUAUAUUUCGGUCUUGUAGUACCACUUGUUACCUUGGGGGGCGACAGUGAGUCACUGGAACAUAGAGAUUAUAAGGAGCUGAAAAGUGAAAUGCUGCCCCCUCUUGUGGCCAAAUCUUUCUCAUUGAAUCUUUAAAGAAAUUUGAGAUUAUUAUUGGAACUAUUCCUUUUUAGGUCUUAAGGGAUAUAAUAAAUAAACACAAACACAUUUACCUUUAAAUUCUAAUACUUCACAUCAAGUUUAAAAGUCCAGUCGUGUUAUUUUUUAAAAUCAUGACAAGAACAUUUUUUCCAGGUUUACUGAGAGUAUGAAUGAAGUUAUUAGGGACGAACAAUAAUACAACUUAUCAUUCAUAUUCUGGUGUGUUUCUUUUUGUGUUUUUUUGUUGUUGUUGCUUUUAUACGACAUAAACAACUUUAUAUUGUUUUGCAUGAUUCUUUUUUUCAACAUCAGGGAUUCAACAUAAUUAUCAAUCUUCUUAUUUCUUUAAUUUUUACAUAGUAAAUGAACUAUAAUAGAUGCUGUGUAACUGUGUCAUUAAGUGAGAAUGAAACAUUUGAAUUUUAUGCACUUUUUAGACGUCAAAGUGCUUCUUUUGUUAUUGAUUUGAAUGUAACGUGAAUCAAAUAUUUGGAAAUUAUUUAGAAAUAUGUCCUGUGGAUCUUGUAAAUAAAUAAUAAUGAUAAUU